AUGGCACCUUUAUUUCAAGAACAACCAAAACAUAUUUGGAAAACCAUUACGGAUAAUUUCCCCUUUGAUAAAAGUUUGAACGACACAGCACUUCCACUUCCAAACACAGAAGAACCAGGAUUUUCGCCAGUUUACAGAAAUGCGUACGCUCAAAAAGAGUUGAAAGCAAUCCCUUAUCCUGGAAUCAACACUUUGUAUGAAACGUUUGAGCUUUCAGUUGCAAACAAUGGACACAAGCGUGCUUUUGGUCACAGGGUUAAAAAAGAUGAUGGCACUUAUGGUGAAUAUGUUUGGGAAGAUUAUAAUACCGUCAAGAGAAGGAGAAAUAACUUGGGUUCUGGUUUAUUUUUUAUUCUACAAAAUAAUCCCUACAAGACUGAUAGCGAAGCACACAAGAAGUUAAAGUAUGACCCAUUGAGUGAUGAUUCAUUCAUUUUGACUAUUUUUGCUCACAACAGACCUGAAUGGGCUCUUGCUGAUGUGACUUGCGCUGCUUAUUCAAUCACAAACACUGCGUUGUAUGACACUUUAGGUCCCGAUACUAGUAAAUACAUCUUGAAUCUUACCGAAUGUCCAAUUGUGUUGUGCUCCAAAGACAAGAUUAGAGGCUUGGUUGAACUAAAAGAGCAAAACCCAGAAGAUUUGAGUAACUUAAUCUGUAUAGUAUCUAUGGAUGAUUUGACCACUGAAGAUGCUUUGUUGAAGAAUUAUUGCCACGAUCACAACAUUUCGUUAUUUGACUACAGACAAGUUGAGAAAUUGGGUGAAAUCAACCCAUUGGAUCCAAUCCCUCCAAAACCCGAAACCAAGUUUAGUAUCACUUUCACUUCAGGAACCACAGGUGCAAAUCCAAAAGGUGUUCUUUUAACACAUGAAAAUGCAGUUGCCGGUGUUACUUUUGUUUUUGCUGGGAUGGGAUUACCAAAGCAAGAUGCCGUUUUUUACUCCUUCUUGCCAUUGGCUCAUAUCUAUGAAAGGCAAGGGUUGCACUUUGCUACAGCUUAUGGUGCUGCCAUUGGAUACCCACAAGGUCCUUCUCCAUUAACUCUAUUGGAAGAUAUUCAAUAUUUAGAACCAGAUUUUUUGGCAUUAGUUCCAAGAGUAUUGACCAAGUUGGAAGCUGGUAUCAAGGCUCAAACUGUCAACAAUGAUGAAAAGCCCAUUUUGAAGAGCUUGUUCACAAGAGCUAUUAAAGCCAAGUUGGCAUUACAAUCCGACCCUGCUAAUGAAAACACAAACCCUCCACAUUUAUUAUAUGACAGAGUAUUGGGAUUGUUGCGUAAAAAAUUGGGAAUGAAGAACCUUAAAGUGGUAAUGUCGGGAUCGGCACCAAUUAGUCCAGAAACUCUUAAAUUUUUGAAAGCAUCUUUGAAUACCGGUGUUGGACAAGGUUACGGUAUGAGUGAGACUUUUGCUGGUAUCAUGGGUAGCUCCAUGUUUGAGACCGAAGCCAGUUCAUGUGGUCCAAUUUGUGUCACUACUGAAUGUAGAACUAGAGAUUUGCCGGCAAUGGGCUACACUUCAAAAGAUGAAGGUGGACCAAGAGGUGAAUUGUUAGUUCGUGGGCCACAAAUCUUCCCAGAGUAUUUCAAGAACCCAGAGGAAACUGCCAAGUGUUUUGAUGAAGAUGGUUGGUUUUACACUGGUGAUGUUGCUCGUAUCGAUGCCAAAACUGGGCGUACUUUUAUCAUCGAUAGAGUCAAGAACUUUUUCAAAUUGGCUCAAGGUGAAUAUGUUACUCCAGAGAGAAUUGAAAAUACAUAUUUGAGUUGUUUUCCAUACAUUGCUCAAUUAUUUGUUCACGGUGAUUCUUUGAGGACCCACUUGGUUGGUGUUGUUGGAGUAGAUCCCGUAUCCAUCACGCUGUACAUUAAGCACAGACAUGGAGAGACUAUCAAUGAUCCGGCUGAUUUGGUUAGAUUCUUCCAGGAUGCCAAACGUAAACGUGAAUUGUUGAUUGAUAUGAAUACAUCGCUCGGUAACAAACUUCAAGGGUUUGAAAAAUUACACAACAUUGAAGUUGAUGUUGAGCCCUUAUCGGUGGAAAAGAACUUGAUCACACCAACCAUGAAGAUCAAGAGACCAAUUUGUACCAAAUACUUUAAAGAUACUUUGGACAAAUUGUAUGACGAGGGAUCACUUAUCAGGAAUGAUAAAUUAUAG